AUGGACCUCACCAAGAUUUUUGCAAGCGCGGCGCUGAUCUACCUCUUGUACUUAGCAUCCCGCCUGUACCGGAACUACGUGCGAGCGAGGUCCACAGGCUUCAAGCUCCGAGUCUUUCCAUUCGAGAUUGGUACACCUUUGUUCAGCGUCACUGCUACUCCUUUCUUGGGUCUAGUCAAACGCUUUUUUCCGCAGUCCUUCGCUCGAACGUACGAUCUCGGGGUGUAUGGCGUCGAAUUUCGCGACAGAGUUGCGAAGCGCGAGCGGGAAACGCCUGGUUACCUUGUCGUAACCCCUUCCAAUACUUUAGAGCUAUUUGUGGAAGAUGGGGAGAUUGCUACUGCGAUCCUCACAAGAAGACGUGAAUUCGAGCAAGAUGAGGUUAGCAGGAAGAUUAUGAACCAAUUUGGGCCUUCUCUCGCUGGCAGUGUGGGCGAGGGAUGGUCCCGACAACGUCGUCUCAUUGCUCCCAUGCUCAACGAGCGCAUCAUGGAAACCGUCUGGACUGAGAGCCAACAACAAGCGCAUCAGAUGAUGUCACAUAUUACCGAUGCGGAAGGCGGAACAACAAGUGGCACUGUCACCGGAUUACGAAAGAUCGCCUUCAACAUCCUCAGCACAAUUGGUUACGGUAUGCCCACGAAGUGGAGCGCAGAAACGAAAAAGGCGGGAAAGGGCGAAAAGAUGGACUUCAUGGAAGCACUGCUCCACUUGGUUGAUGGCUUAAUCCUGCUCGUCCUCUUCCCUCCACGACUAUUGAAGCAAUCCUGGAUGCCGAUAUCCUUGAGGCAGAUUGGGGACGCCUACUACCAGUUCUAUGAGCAUAGUUCAGAAAUGUUGCAGAAGGAGCGAGACGCCUUGAAGUCCUCGGGCACUCUGCGUAACACCUUUUUGUCGUCACUGGCCUCUGUCAACGACAACGGAGCAGAUCCGUACGAGAAAGACGGUCGACUCAACAGACCCGCUUUCACCGAGGACCAGAUUACUGGAAAUCUGUACACUUUCACAUUGGCUGGUUACGACACGACCGCCAACACCAUGGCAUAUGCCGUUGCCAUGCUUGCCGCGUAUCCGGAAUGGCAAGAUUGGAUCAUAGAGGAGAUUGAUCGGGUACACAAAGAAGUGUCGGACCCAAAGAGCUAUCAACAAGUCUUGCCGAAAAUGGAGCGUUGUCUAGCCCUCAUGUUCGAGACACUGUAA